AUGCCCGUGUCUUCCACAUUCCCGUCUAUUGAGAUUCCUGAUGUUGAUCUCUGGACUUUCCUCUUCGAACGAAAUGAUAGAGUGUACCCAUAUGAUAAGAUCAUUUACCAAGACGCCGAUACGAAGCGCUACCAUACCUACAAGAGUGUUAAAGAAGGCUGUAUUGCAUUUGGGGAAGGUUUGAAGGCCGUUUUUGAUUGGAAGGAGGGCGAAGUGCUCGCUUUGUUUACCCCUAACAGCAUCGACACACCUCUCAUAACAUGGGGGACAGUGUGGGCUGCGGGUAUCGUUUCUCCUUCAAAUCCUGUCUACACAGUCGAGGAGUUGAUAUUUCACCUGAAAGAUUCUGGAGCUAAAGCACUCGUCACUCAUAUGUCGGUGUUGCCAAUUGCAAAGGAAGCUGCCAAGAGUGUAGGACUCUCAGAGGAUCGUAUCAUUCUUCUUGGAGAUCAGCAUGACCCGGACCUGAAGAUCAGGCACUUUACUUCAAUCCGAAAUAGUACGGCAGUGACCAGGUACCGGACAUCAAUUAUCGCGCCCUCGAAAACAUGCGCAUUCAUUGUCUAUUCGUCAGGAACAACCGGAACCCCCAAGGGAGUUUUGCUCUCCCAUCGAAAUAUUAUUUCCAAUAUCCUCCAAGCAAACGCUGGGGAAGGGGGUAAUCUUACUUGGGAUGGUCUCGAUGGAAAGGGUGACCGGGUGUUGGCUUUUGUGCCCUUCUAUCACAUCUACGGUUUACUCCGUCUUCUCCAUGCCACCUUAUAUACUGGAUACCACUUGAUAGUGAUGCAAAAGUUCGAACUCGAGAAAUGGUGUGCCCAUGUCCAGGACUAUCGCAUUACAUUCAGCUAUGUUGUUCCUCCUGUCGUGCUGCUCCUUACCAAGCACCCAAUCGUGGACAAGUACAAUUUGACAACUCUGCGAAUGUUAAAUUGUAGCGGUGCACCACUCACACACGAACUUGUGGACGCUGUGUACAAGCGUAUACAGACGGGGAUUAAACAAGGAUAUGGACUCACUGAAGCAAGUCCAACGAGUCAUAACCAGGCUUGGGAAGAGUGGCAAACUACUAUCGGCUCUGUUGGUAAGUUGCUCCCUAACAUGGAGGCUAAAUACAUGAGCAUACCAGAGGACAGCUCUGAGCCACACGAAGUUGAAGCCGGGGAAGUGGGUGAACUGUUCUUACGUGGUCCGAAUAUCUUCAUGGGGUACCACAACAAUCCCGAAGCCACUAUCAAUGCGCUUUCCGCAGACGGGUGGCUCCAGACAGGAGAUGUUGGCUACCAGGAUAGUCAUGGACACUUCUAUAUCACCGAUCGGGUCAAAGAGUUGAUCAAAUACAAUGGAUUCCAAGUCGCCCCAGCGGAGCUGGAGGGCAAAUUGGUCAAGAAUGACGCUGUUGCUGAUGUCGCUGUUGUUGGGAUCAUGAGCAAAGCACAUGGUACUGAAGUUCCACUUGCAUUCAUAGUUCGCAGUGAGGAGAGCAAAUCCUCGGGAAUCAGUGCAAGACAGGAGGCAGUCAAUAUCGCUCAGUGGUUGGAAGUGAAGGUUGCCUACUACAAGCGCCUCCGAGGGGGUGUCAUUUUUAUCGACAGCAUUCCAAAGAGCGCCAGUGGAAAGAUAUUGCGGCGUCUGCUCCAGAAGCAGGCACAGGAAGCGGUCGAUGGAGCCGUGCAAGCGAAACUGUAG